AUUAAAUAGAAGCAAUGACUUAAAUCGACCCAGAGUCUGCUUAUUUUACUGUGCAUCUCUAAUAAUGGGUGGAUCAUACAGUCGGGAACCCCCCGAGAAAUUCCUGGACACUCUGACCAUCGAAGGCGUAGCCGAGUACAUCAAAUCGGGAAAGUGCCAGAACAUAGUGACGAUGAUAGGAGCUGGAAUCAGCACUGCAGCUGGAAUUCCAGACUUCAGGAGUCCCGGGUCUGGACUCUAUAAUAAUCUGGGAAAAUACAAUCUGCCUUUUCCACAGGCCAUGUUCGAGAUACACUAUUUCAAGAGACACCCUGAGCCGUUCUACGACAUAGCGAGACAGCUGUUGGACAGGGAAUUCAAACCCACCAAAGCGCACAUGUUCAUCAAGUUACUGGCAGACAAGGGACUGUUGCUGAGGAACUACUCGCAGAAUGUGGACUCACUUGAGAUGCAAGCCGGUCUUCCAGAACACUUGAACAUAGAGGCUCACGGGACGAUCAGGACCUCGACCUGCAUGAAGUGCAAGGAGAAGUACUCCAUGGGUGAAAUGAGGAGCAAGCUCAUGGACGGGACAGAGAACGUGCCCAGGUGUGAGAAGAAGGAGGGUUGCGAGGGACUGAUCAAGCCAGAUGUGGUGCUAUUUGGGGAAUCACUCCCGUCAAAUUUCUCCAGACACAGUGGUGCAGAUAUGGGCAAGUGUGACCUGUUGAUAAUCAUGGGCACUUCUCUCCAAGUGGCCCCAUUUUGUUCCCUCCCACACUACACCAGGCCAUCUUGUCCCAGACUACUCAUCAAUCUCAUGAGGGUGGGUCAAGAUCCAGACGUUCCUACUGGCUAUUUCAUCCGCAAAAUCAUGGGCAUCAAAGACCCAGGCUUGGAUUUCGACUCACCCGCGGCAUACCGCGAUGUGUUCGCUCAGACUAAAUGUGAUGAAGGAGUGGAAAAGUUAGCCAAGUUGCUUGGAUGGACAGAUGAAUUGAAUAAAUUAACAGAAAAUGCCGAGUCUGUUAAAUGGGGCGAGUGAAGUUUUCAGCGUCUGGGAAAUUUUAAAAAUAUUCAAUGAAGAACUUUUUGAUUAAAUUAACUUUUUGAUUUAAUUAAGUUUUUGUCGAAAGUUUAUUAAGCAUAUCUUCAUGUUUUUAUGUAUUUAAAUUUUGAAAUCAGUAUAAAAUGUA